GCAGGCAACAGCACGUACUACCCGAGCGGGCCGCAGCCGCAAUGGCAGAGCGACACCGGCGCGGCGGCGACGAUGAGCACCUUCGGCGCGCCGGGGGGUGGCUGGCACGCGCCGGCGCCGCCAGCCGACAUGACCUCCGGCUUGUACUCCAGCCCGCCGCUGCCACCGCCUUCGCCGCACGAGGCGCUGGGCCUCGGCAAGGGCACCUUCACCUACGAGCAGCUCGCGGCGGCCACGGGCAACUUCUCGCCGGCGAACCUGCUCGGGCAGGGCGGGUUCGGGUACGUGCACAAGGGCGUGCUCCCCGGCGGCAGGGCGGUGGCCGUGAAGCAACUCAAGUCCGGGAGCGGGCAGGGGGAGCGCGAGUUCCAGGCCGAGGUGGACAUCAUCAGCCGGGUGCACCAUCGCCACCUCGUGUCCCUCGUCGGCUACUGCAUCGCCGGCGCGCGGCGCGUGCUCGUCUACGAGUUCGUGCCCAACAAGACCCUCGAGUUCCACCUCCACGGGAAAGGGCAGCCGGUGAUGGAGUGGCCGACGAGGCUUCGCAUCGCGCUGGGGUCGGCGAAAGGCCUCGCCUACCUGCACGAAGACUGUCAUCCUCGGAUCAUUCACCGCGACAUCAAGUCCGCCAACAUCCUUCUCGACAACAACUUCGAAGCAAAGGUCGCGGACUUCGGGCUGGCCAAGCUGACCUCCGACAACAACACGCACGUCUCGACCCGCGUCAUGGGCACGUUCGGGUACCUGGCGCCGGAGUACGCGUCGAGCGGGAAGCUGACGGAGAAGUCGGACGUGUUCUCCUACGGCGUGAUGCUGCUGGAGCUCCUGACGGGGCGGCGGCCCGUCGACACCGGCGGCACCGCCACCUCGUUCCUCGAGGACAGCCUCGUCGACUGGGCGAGGCCGGCCCUGUCGCGCGCGCUGGCCGACGGCGACUACGACGGCGUCGCGGACCCGAGGCUGCACGGCAACUACGGCCCCGUCGAGAUGGCGCGGCUGGUCGCCAGCGCCGCGGCCGCCGUGCGCCACUCGGCCAAGAAGCGCCCCAAGAUGAGCCAGAUCGUGAGGGCGUUGGAGGGGGACAUGUCGCUGGAGGACCUGAACGAGGGGGUGCGGCCGGGGCAGAGCAUGACGUUUGGCCCCGCGGCGCCGGUGGCGGCCGCAGCCUCGUACAAUGCCAACAGGGCGCCCGGGCAGUACACGUCAGACAUGGAGCGGAUCAGGCAGGCGCCCAUGGCGAUCCCGGAGUACAGCGGCACCGUCACCGGGUUCGGCCGCCCCUCGCCGAUCGAGAGCGAGGGGUCCUUCUCCGACGACGAUUUGAGUCCGGUGAAGGGUCAGUCGCGCCGGUAGCAGGCAGCUGUCGACCUGUCGUGUACGCCAGUGAUGCCAGGCCGUUGCAACUUGCAAUUCAUGCUCGCCGCGCCAGUUGUUGAUUGCGCGAUCGUCCUGCCCCUUCGCAAGUUGCAAUUCAUGCUCGCUCGUCUGCCUCUUUGCCACCAGUCGCCUGUAACGCGGCCUGCAAGGCUGCAAGCCGAUGUGCAUAUCGACAGACAUUAAUCACACGGAGAAUGUGUAGAUGAACAGAGAUACCCAUACGCUUGUGCAAGAAUGCUCACCGCAGAAAGGUUGGAGGGAUAGUGGUACAGAAAGUAAAAACA